AUGUCGUCAAAUCACCUCAACUCCUCCGCCGACUCCCAUCCCACCGAAGCACAGCGCAGGAGAGGCCUGUCCUGGCACAAUAAUCGCCCACCACUCCGCGACAUGCCGCAAGACCCGCAUGCUGCCCUGUUUCAGGGCCACGACCACGAAGGUACAAAGAGCAGACAUCCUCUGCGCUCCGGCCAGGCUGACACCGACGCUGAAGAGGACGCCACCAUCAUCACCCACGACGUUGCCAACGAGUCCGAGAAGAUGAUCACGCCCUUCCUCGCGCAGCACGUCCCAGAGCAGUACAAUCCCCAGCCGCGCAACACGGAGAACGGGAACACCAAGUACUGUUACCGCCAUCGCCCGGACCUGAAAUGCCGGAGGCAGGCCGACGAGCCGUCAAUGGAGGAGCUGCAAUCUGAACUGGGCAACCUCUCCCAGUCCGACCAGCAAGCCAUCGCUCACGUCUGGGCUCUCUUCUCCGCCGCCCCCGCAAAACACCGAAAUCUCAUGUUGCAAGGCGUCCUGGCGCAGUGCUGCUUCCCUCAACUCUCCUUUAUCUCUACGUCGGUUCGGAACCUCAUAAAAAUCGACUUCCUCGCCGCAUUGCCACCGGAGCUAGGAUUCAAGAUUCUGUGCUAUUUGGACACCACUUCCCUGUGCAAGGCAUCCCAGGUCAGCCGAAAAUGGAGGACUCUCGCCGACGACGACGUUGUGUGGCACAAGAUGUGCGAGCAGCACAUAGAUCGGAAGUGCACAAAGUGUGGCUGGGGUUUACCACUGCUGGACCAGAAGAGACUGAGGACCGAGAAGCGACAGAUCCAGCUUCGAGCGACCGGACGAGGCAUGAACGAAUGGUCUCCCAACAUUACCCCCAUCCCGGAAUCUCAAAUGGACGAGGUGCCAGCUUCUAGUCAAUCCACAGCCCUGACAAAAGGAAGAAAGAGAUCGGCGGACGCUGCUGCACUCUCUCCGGAUGCCUAUGUCAAGCGUGCGUGUAACAAUUCCUUAGUCAAUGACCAAGAUUCCUACUUCGGUCUUCCCAUGAAGCGCCCCUGGAAAGACGUCUACAAGGAUCGGUUCAAGGUCGGCACCAAUUGGAAGUACGGACGAUGCAGAACCAAGGUUUUCAAGGGCCAUAGCAAUGGUGUCAUGUGUCUCCAGUUCGAUGACAACAUCCUUGCCACUGGAUCCUACGAUGCGACCGUCAAGAUCUGGGACAUUGAAACUGGAAAGGAAAUCCGCACCCUCAUCGGCCACACCGCGGGGAUUAGGUGCCUUCAGUUCGACGAGACCCGUCUCUUGAGCGGAAGCAUUGACAAAAAGAUCAAAGUCUGGAACUGGCAUACAGGCGAGUGCAUCAGAACCCUUGAAGGCCACACGGGCGGUAUCGUGUGCCUCAACUGGGAAGGCAAUAUCCUCGCUUCAGGCUCCAUGGACUGCAAGAUUAUCGUUUGGAACUUCGAAAACAAACAUAAGUUCACGCUACAAGGCCACGACGACUGGGUCAAUCACGUGAAGAUCGAUGCACCCUCACGCACCCUCUUCUCCGCCUCCGACGACUGCACCGUCCGCCUAUGGGAUCUGGAUUCCAAGGUCUGUCUCAAGGUCUUCAAAGGCCACGUCGGCCAGGUCCAGCAGGUGCUGCUUCUUCCGCCGGAGUUCGAGAUCGAUGAGGCCGAGCUGAAUAGGAACACGGAAGCCGACGCCGCGAGUUCUGCCUCCGACAGCCACACUUUGAACUACGAGGUGCCGGACGCCGACAUCUCGCUCUUCCCGGAUGAGCCUGACCGCCCUGCUGUGCCGCCGUAUAUGCUCACGGGCUCUCUUGAUGGCACUAUCCGCUUGUGGCAUAUCCCUUCCGGCCGCUGCGUGCAUACCUUCUUCGGCCAUAUCGAGGGCAUUUGGGCGCUUGCAGCCGACACGUUGAGAUUGGUAUCCGGAGCUGAGGACAAGAUGGUGAAAGUCUGGGACCCACGCACUGGAAAGCACGAGCGCACGUUCUACGGACACUCCGCCCCAGUCACGUGCGUCGGAAUCAGCGACAGCAGACUCGUGAGCGGGAGCGAAGACUGCGAGGUGAGGGUGUAUAGUUUCACCGACGAUGUGGAGUCGGUCGAGGAAGCUACCGGCUCAUAA